AUGGUAUUUGGUAUGAAUUUAGGAAACAGGAGAAAAGCCACUAGGGUUCCAGACUUAUCCAGGUAUGACUAUCAUUACAAUGGUAGCGGUGGUAAUUCUGUAAAUCAGGGUGAUAAUUACCUUAAGAGCCACGAGCUUUCUGCAGAUGCGGCCUUUGCUGCUAGUGCAAGGGCUGGAUCCCUGGUGAAUUAUCCAGAAAGAGGCUAUACAAAUAUAUCAAGAGCUAACAGUCUCCGGAUGGGUCAUCCUGGACAGCAGCAACAGCAAUCGUCUUAUAUUCCUAGAAGUUACAGUUUUACUGCUCGUGGAGCAUACGCUCCUCGAACCGGUAAUGUCGGGAAUAGAAGGUCUGUUUCUGCCAUACCACGAACAGGUACAGCUUCCAGUCGUGGUGUUGGCAGUAGAACUGGUUCUAUGACUGGUUCAGUAGCCAGGGUUGGUUCAAGGACCGGUUCAUUUGCUGGAGGUGGUAACGGAUCUAUUAUCAUCAAGACACAAGAGGUUAAAGAUAUGAUGGGCAGAACGCAAUCGAUCACGACGCAGACUAUAAGAAGGAUCAACGGGAUGGAAUACGUGGAAACUACCACGCAAACUGCUGGGCUGGUUGAAGACCCUCAGUUUCAUUUCCAGCAGUUUGCUGAAAAUGAUGAGUUCCCAAUCUCCGAUGAGCUGUCCGCCACUCCUCCUGCUGCUCCGUUAUCCGAAUCGCAACCACGGACAAACCAGAGAUUGGCCAAUUUCAACUCGAAUGCUAUAAAUAACUCAGCUGCGAAUAACAUCAGAAGUGAUUCGGAAGAGGAAGGGGAAGAGCACUUCACUGACGCAUCAGAUGUCGUUGAAGAAUCAGGUGCAUUUGCGGAAGAUGAUCAGGACCAUUUCCUGGCAAAAGUGAAUAAAGUUGAUGUUGAUAACAAUUCAAAAUCAUACACUUCAAGAAAACCCCUGGUCCAGAAACAGGGGGUGCAGCAGCAGCAAGAAGUUCAACAUCAAGGUAUAUCGCAGGUUCAGAACACAGAAGCGAAAUCAGUUGGAAGGAAAAGUACAAUGUCCAAGAGGAUGACUUUGAGAGAUACUCCCAAUGCACAACUUGAACCAGAAAAGGAUACUACGGAUCAAGCUACACCGGACAAUAACGCCACGAAAAGAAAAUCCAUAUUCAAAAGUAAGAAACGGAAUGAAGCAGUUGCCGUCCCUACUGUUCCUACAUCUGAUCAGAAGACACUAAGCCAAGAGGAGAUGUAUGCUAUAGCAUUGGAGAUUGCUCAACAGAAAUAUGGUCAUCCUACAAAAACAGUUUCGCAUAGUACAGACAAUGGAUCUAGAAACGAAAUGACACCGAUACUUGAAGAUGCAGAUGUCGAGCAACCACAUGUGCUCCCGACCACACUGCACUUGCCCACGCGUGAGGAACAAAUUCAACACGAACAAUUGCAACAACCUACUGCGGCGAUUCCAACAAAUGAAAAGAGCCGACAUCCAAAGAAAAAAGUCAAGAGUAUACUCGAUAGGGUUGUCCAGUUCAGCCAAGAGAACUCUGGUAAUCAACCACCAAAACAACACCGUGGAAAACAAUAUUCUCAACAACCACCGGACGUCGCUCCGUCCAAUGGAACAACUGACAAUUUUGACACUAAUGCCAGUGGUCAUAAUAUUAAUCACAAUAACAAUAAUCACAAUAACAAUAAUAACACAAGUUCUUCUUCUUCGCUUCGACACGAAUCCGGGGCGAACCCCGUUGUCGUCACUGAGGAUACCACGGUGCUAGCAGCUAGCACUGCUGCUACUCCUGUCGAUGUAAACGAACCAGGCAAUCCCGAUCACGUGAUCCCAGCCUCGUCCCCCUCCAUCGAUAACACCCCACGUAUCAAUGAGAAGACGAAAAGCAAGAAGAAGAACGAGAAAGGUUCGUUCUUCAAAAGGUUAUUUAAAUCUAAUAAGACUCAUAUCAACACUAAAUAG